CACACGACACGGAGGAGAGGGGGAGAGCUCUCCCAUCCCACCCACCAAUGGCGGCGGCCGCGGAGUUCAUCUGAUCGUGCUCGUAAUAGUAAUUCAAGGAUUGUCUAGUCACUGUGUUGGCGGAUUAAAUUGUUCUCAGCAUGGUAUCUGAGAAAGCCAAAUCAAAUAAGCGGAAAAAGUUAGAAUGCAUAAUCAGCCGCCUCCCAAGAGACUUGAUCGAGCAGGUAUUUCUGAGCCUUCCAGUGAAAACUUUGUUGAAUUGCAUUGGUGUCUGCAAGCAGUGGCGCAGCAUAAUCCAAGAUCCCAAAUUUGUAACAUCACACCUCCAGCUUGCGCCCCAUUGUGCGCUCCUAUUCUUCCCUCGAGAGUUGGUUUCUUCAUGUGGGCUGUACCCGAGCGAAGCCAUCCUCAUCGAUGAAGCCUGGUCACAGUCAAUAUGGGAUGUGCCAGUGAUUGGGCCAGAUGAUUUCCUGUGUGGUUCCUCCAAUGGGCUUGUUUGCUUAUACACACACACUACAACAAUCAAGAUAGCAAACCUUGCAACUGGUGAAUGCCUGCAUCUUGCGAAACCGGCAAAGAAUUUGACGGACGAUCACUUCUCGUUCUACAGCUUUGGAUUUCACCCAUUGACAAAAGAAUACAAGGUUACACACUUCCUUGCUAGUAGUCAUGAGACUCGCAUCCGUGCAAAAGUUGACAGCUUCGAUGGCGUUCAAGUUUACACACUUGGUGAUGAGAAAUGGAAAUAUAUAGGAGCCCCAGAGGCUCUAAGCUUGAACUGUGUGAAGAACUCUGGAGUAGUCAAUGUUGAUGGAACAAUGUAUUGGCUAACUGAAGACCAGGGAACCAGUUGGCAUCAUGCAGUCAUGUCCUUCGAUCUUAACAAAGAAAGUUUUGGACGCAUACAACUGCCAACAGCAGCACUUGAAGACUCUGCAUUUUAUGGUCCUCGUCGGUACUGGAUCAAAGAGAUAGAUGGAAAGGUAUGCAUUGCAACAUGUCAAACUAGUGAUAAUCAACCCAUAUUGCUUAGAGGUGAGAUUCAGAUCUGGGCUCUUGACAUCAAUCUAGAGCAAAAGUGGAUCCAGAAGUACAUUAUUCAGCCCUCAGCACAGCACAUACCUGGACCAAAUAUUGUUCAUAGGGAUAAGAUUGUGUUGCAACAUGAUGCCAGGAACCUAUGUUCUUAUGAGCUGCUUGGAAAGAACGUCGAGGUUAAAUUGAGUAAUAUGGAGAAGCUGUUAGAUUUCAGUCCCCGCAAACCAGGGAGUAUGCAAGUCUACACCUUUGUGAAAUCACUUGUACGAUUGGAUUCAUACAAGAAGGCCAGUAUUGUGCGUAGACCAAAACAAGGUUGGGAAUUGAAGAAAUGGGAAGCAUGGGAGAGCCAGCGUCGAAAGAUAGAGGACAUAUGGAAGAAAGUCCUGCAAUCGGAGCAAUAUAGUAUUGUAACUACGAAGAAUUUGCGCACAACAAUUAACAGGCUGAUGCAGCGUCUACCGGAUGAUGAAGCAUUGAAGUGUAUAGGCAUGAAAAUUGAUCAAAUGUUACAUUAUCUACCAGAAGAUUGUCCAAAUCAGCAUCCAAGGUCUCUCCGGCGUCUUAAUUGGGUGGCGCAGAAUCAGGACAUGGAUAAUUUAGAGGCUCGUGUGGAUAAACUAAAUAAAUUGAGGCAUGUGAUGAUGUCUUCCGGACGGCAAGAAGUUGGUUAAGCGAUCAGGGUACUUCGAUUUCCACCGCUGAUGCUUCAUUUUGGUUCGACCUCCAACAUUUUCUACUCGGUGGCGGCGGUGCGAGAUGAUGGUGGUGAUAUGAAGAUUAUAGAACUUUUUCCUGGCAUUUUGGGUUUCUGGGACAAUUCUUGCUGCUACGUCCUCCGUUUUAUCAUCCAGUUUUUUUGUUUGUGAACCUCCCCUUCUGUGGAUAAAAUUCUGACUGAUGAUAGUAUUUCUUCGAUAGACCGUGCAUCCGGAUUCGCGAUCUCAAGGUACAAUUGUACAAAGGUGCUAUUAAGGCUGUGUUCGUUGAUUGCUGUCGGUAACAAAUCUCUCUCGCGCGCACA